AUGCAUUUUAAUUAUAUUAUUCACGUAGUUCCAUCAGGUACACCUUAUCAUAAGUUAGUCAGUAUGGUAGCUGAAAACAACAGUCAAUGGCACAUGAGUAUAUCAGAUAUUCGGAUCACCACGAAUCGUCUUCUUAGUGUUGACUUUUCAGUACCAAUUCAUGAGAAUACAAUUCGUGUUGUCAUUCGGGAUAAUUCCUAUUCGUCGGCCUUCAGUCUCUUUUCAUUUCUUAGUCCAUUCACUUGGGAUGUCUGGCUUGUUCUUGCUGCAAUCAUCAUCUAUUCAGGUGUUCUUCUUUAUUACUUCGAAAGAAAAAGUAACACGAAUGAAAUGACUAAAGCGAAGAAUUUUCGAGUUAUGAUUAUUGAACUAUGUCGAAUGUUAAGUAGUCUUAUGUCUUUUGAUCAUGAUAUUCGUUUGACUCGAAUGUCUAGUCGAAUAAUAACGAUCGGUCUCAACGCAUUGGGCACGGUUAUUGUUGCUAUUUACACGGCGAAUCUAUCCUCAUUUCUCACAUUGAGACGAACUCAGCCUUGGAUUUCAGGCAUUGACGACAUUAAAAAUGGUCGAUUACCAUAUUCACGAAUUGGUAUUCCAACAAAUUCUGCCACUGCCGAUUAUUAUGUUCAAAAUAUUUCGUCCAUCUAUUAUCCUCUUUCAACUAGUGACGAGAUUUUUGCACGAUUGCUUGACAAUAGUAUUGAUGCCGCGUUAUGGGGUUCGUCUGUACUCGAAUAUGCUAUUGCGAAUCAUUUUUGUCGGCAAUUAAUCGUGGUUGGUGUCGGAACACUCAAAUCACCCAUUGGCAUUGUUAUGCGUAAAGAUUGGGAAUACAAAACCACUUUAAACCAGAACAUUCAGUCCAUGCGUGAUUCGGGAUUUUUAGAACAACUCGAGGAAAAGUGGUUUGGACAACAAAAAUGUUUGGAUUCAUCAAAAUCAUUAUAUGGCAAAGAUGAAACAGGCGGAAAAAACAAAAAUGAUACGUUUUCACUUGAUGUGAUAGGUGGAUUAUUUAUUAUAUUUAUAAUUGUAUCUUUCAUAGCACUUUUAUUACAUGUGUGCCAUGUUCGAACUACUAUCAUCGAUUCGAUUCGACUACAUAUCCAACGAGUGAAAAUAUCUUUUCGACAAAUCAUCGUUUUUCAUUAG